UGUCAUGCCGCACGUGACAGGGGCGUUACCUUUGUGGAGCUCGACCCCCUUGUUUUUUCCCCCUCCAAUCAUUUCUCAUUCAGUACUUCCUGUGAAAGGUAAACAAAUGGCGCUCCGCACUUCAAACCAGAAAAUGAUUCAAAAUGUAAGCCGAAAACGGAAAUUUAAGAGUUCAAAAUGCCCAGACAGAAGAAAAAAUAUAAUGUUCGCUUUCCACCCGGACGCAUCAAGAAAAUAAUGCAAAAGGAUACAGAUGUUGGGCGAAUCGCAACAGCUGUACCAGUCAUCAUAUCUAAAGCUUUAGAAAUGUUCCUCAGAUCUCUUCUCAGCAUGACCUGUAAAAUAACCCAAUCCAGGAAGAGCAGAGUGAUGUCCAUCAAUCACAUGAAACAGUGCAUCCAUUCAGAGAGGUUGUUUGACUUCCUGAAGGAUUUGGCAGAUCAAGCCAACACUGCGUCAACAUCAGAGUGCAAAACUAAGGGCAAAUGGCAGUCACACAGGAAACGGUGGCAAAGUGUGUCUAUCAAAGCCAGGUCACCUGAGAGGGAGGAGCCACCCCAAAAAUCCACCAAUGAUCUGGUCAUCAACAGUGAUUCAUCCAGUGAGUCUGAGCUGUUCAUUUGCUUGGAAACUCAUUCACCUUGACCGGGCUUCUGAAAAAGUGAGAUUUAUACUGAUCAUGAAGUUCAUGUGUACAACUAACAUUUUAUCUAUAUCAAUCCAGUAUUUUAAUUUCUCACUUUAUUUUGAAGUUUCGCAAGACGCAUCAACCUCUCACUGAAAACUGCAGUAUUAUUUUUGAAGACACAACAAGGUGUUAGUUAUUCUUAGCAUGUGACAUAUUUAAUUUUUAAUUUGUGAAAUUGCUCUGUUGUGGUAUUGUAAUGACCAUGAAAUGAAUUCUAUAUUUUUUGUUUUCAUUUUUAUUUCAAGUUUUCCAGGGAGUUUUAAAUUCCAAUAGGGAAGAAAAUAAUUUGUUUAUUAUAUAAUAUAGUUUUUGUGAUAGUGAGCAGCUCCACUAUUUUUUUUUUUCAGUUGGAUUCACAAUUAAAACUGUAGUUUGACCUGUCUUAUGUUUAUAAUCUAAGCUGUGACUUAUGUGUUCCAAUAUUUAUAGAUCAAGGUAAAAAUUUAUUAUUUAUCAUAUUUAAAUGCAAGUCACUGGUUUUGUUAAACAUUAAUUAUCCACAGUAGGUUGUAGGGUUCUUUAAGUUGCAUAUUGUAUGAAAAGGUCAAUUGUAUUAUAUAGUGAAUAUUCUAUAAAGUAUAUUUUAAUGUCAAUAUUGUAUAAAUAUGCAUUUCUACUCUUAACCUAACUACUGUGAUGAAUGACAAAAGAGACAAUAUGUAGUAAAAAAAAAAAAAGUUUAAAACCAAGAUAUUAUUGCAAAAUAAUGGCUGAAUAAAAUAUCUGAGGAUGUUUCAAAGGUAAUUUUAUUUUAAGUAAAUUAUGUUCUUUGUAUGGUCACAAAUUGUGAUGCAAAAAAAUAUACAAUAAAUUAAAAGUAAAUUUCUUUUUCUGGAUCAUAAUUUGGGGCAAUACAUCCAAUUUUUCUUCCUUUACUGUGGGCCUUUGAAUUGUUUUGCUUUCCUUUUCAAGCAUUUCAAACAUAACAGCAGCUGAAAGCCCUUUAAAGGCUGAAAUACAGUACUUUCAGUGAUACAAAGCAAACAGAAAAGCAGUCAUCUAAAAAUAACUAGUUGUGCAUUUUACAUGAUUUUCUUUUUAAUAUAGUCUGUUUGACAAAAGAAACAUCUUGUUGUCAAUAUGAAUGAGUAAAAAUCACAUGUUCAUAAUACUAUUAGAUGAAAUGACACAAAAAAACAUGGUCAUGUACAUGAAUAAUUCCGUUUCAGUCAAAAAAAAAAAAAAAAAA